AAGCAUGCCUAUACAGUAUUAAAGGAACCGAUUGAUUUACGAUCGCAACAGUAAAAUAACCUUAACUAGUAUAGCCGUGUAGGGUGAGGUUCGGCCACUUGCAUCAUGCCGAGUCAUUCAGUGAAGGAUGCCCUUCAACGUCACUGGACAAGGCUUGUCUGCCUCAGGUUCUCAGUCAGCUACGACUACUAGUAGGGAAACUGUCGUCAGCCAGCAGCUCCCGACCUCUCUCUCCUUCCCGAUUUCCGUACUAAAAGAAUACCUACUACUACUUACUCCGUACUACCGACGAACAUUGCCUUAGUUCAGCUAAAAAGGCAUCGUCCAAAACCCACUCACCCACGACCGCCCCCGCCCAGCCUCCCCCAAAAUAGUGCAGGUCCGCAGGCCUCCACCGCUCAAUUCGCUCCCCUUCCAGCUUUUCUCGACCCUUCUCUGUUCAUUCUCUCACGUCACGGCCACUUAGCGCAUUGCUACAUCUCCGCUCUCGCUCUCUUGAGCCUUCCUUUUCACUAUCGUUACGCACCUCCCUCAUUCCCGAGUAAACUAGACACCAUCAGCUCUCAUGGCUCCCCCUCCUUCAUCGAACUUGCCUUUGGCCGAAAGGCUGAAGGCCCUGGCUCAGACCCUACAAUUUGCUUGGUUUGCUGGGCACGUCACACUGCUGCUCUCCGUCUUCCGCUAUCUCCUGUCCUACAUCACCUUCAACUACUACUCGUCCUCGGCCCAGGUGUCCUACCGCUUGGCUUUCCUUUCGGCUGCUGCGACAUACGGUAUCGUGGUGUACAAGGGACACAUCGCCCGCGGUCGUCUUCAGGGUAGCGUUCCGAACAUUGCGGUGAAGCUCGCUGGCGAUGAAAAUGUCCAGUAUCUUGGAAUGGCGAUUGUCUGGCUCUAUUCCCGCCAGGUCCCAUUGGCCCUCCUCCCCUUCAGUGUUUACUCGAUCUUCCACGUUGCGACAUACUCUCGCGCCCACCUGAUCCCCACCUUGCAGCCUCCCGCCCAGGGUACUGCCGGAUCCGCGUCGCCCUCUUCUCCUGGUGCUGCCAAGCCCGCGGCCAGUCCUUUGGCAGACACCAUUGGAAGAUUCGUCAAGCAGUACUAUGAUGCCAGCAUGGAUCUCGUUGCUGGACUCGAGAUGGCGCUGCUGUUCCGUCUGGCCUUGGGAGUUUUGACCUUCUCCAAGGGAAGCAUCCUUCUCUUCUUUAUCUACGUGGCCUUCUUCCGCGCGAGAUACACUCAGAGCUCGUUUGUCCAGCAGGCCGUGCGCCAUUUCACCGCCCGCGUGGAUGCUUCGGUUUCCCACCAGAGCACUCCCCCCCCGGUGCGCCAGGGAUGGGAGACCUUCAAGGGUGUUGUUCGCCAGGCCUAUGAGAGCACCGAUCUGGGCCGUCUGACCUCUGGAGCCCCGGGUAAGAAGCCGCAAUAAAUGGUAUCUUCGGCGAUGAACGAUAACCGGCCGAGACGCGUGGGAAAGGCCCAAUCCGAUUGCGACGCAUUUUAGACGGACUUAGACCAUUCGCGAAGGGCCCGGGAUCACAGAUUGACGUGUGGGCUCUCGUUUGUAAAGUGAUGAGCAUAUAACGAAUAAUGUGGCAUUGGUCCUAACCAAGUUUGAGUUGGGGGAAGUGGUUCUUCUUACGAUAAGCAAAAAAUUGUUUACAUGCUGCUGCGGGAGGGGAUGUGGAUGUUUAGUGCUUAAGAAGGGGGGGUGGGGGAGAGGAGAGUCGUAUUAUAAUCCUUGUAUUGCCAUUUUGUUGAACUCGGGCAGCGCCCAGUUAGGAAGUCAUGCACAUGCUGGACCUCCGAUGGGAUGUUGAGCCCGGACGAAUUCCAUUGCAUUCCUGUAUUUGCGCGAAACUAUUACACAUGUUUGUUGUUGAGGCAUAAGGUUGUGUUCUACAACGGUGGGAAGUCUAGACCAUUG